AUGGAAAGAAGAGCCCAUCCAUCGAACAUUCAGUUGGAAAUAUUAUUGAAAUUUUUAGAACAUCAACCUAGCUUAGCGAAAGGAUGUCCAAAAAUAUUCGCAGCUAGAGAGUAUGCUAAUGCCGAGUGGUCCAAGUUAGCUUUGAAACUAAAUAGUGUCAGGGGUGGGUCUGUUAAAUCUCCGAAAAGAUGGAUGAAGUAUUGGAGUGAUAAAAAGAGUGCAGUUAAAAAAAAAGCAGCCAUAAGUACAGGUCAAAGACGUCAAACUGGUGGUGGUAUAGCAGAGAUAAUGCAAUUAACUAAAUUGGAGGAGCGCAUUUUAACUUUAACGGUGGGUGACAGAUUUUAUGAAGGAGUUUCUUCACUUCGCGUUCAUCCAUUUUCAGACCCUACCAGUAGUUCCUCAGGCAGUAUUAGGAUUUUUACACCACCAAAUAGUAUUGCACCAGUUUCUUUAAUUGAACCAAAUACAAUAUCUAACAUUAGCCCAAAGAUUCAAGAGACCCCAAUAAUUGCUGAAAAUAUUGAUGAUAGCACAGUAUAUUCAUUGAUCAACUCAGAUGUUGAAACCUCUAAGUAUCCAGAACAACCCCAGUCAUCUUCUGAUGUCUCAAUCCCUAGUCGAGUGAGAAGGCGUUUUGGGCUACAACCCUCACCUCCAAGUCAACACCGUAACUACUUUAAUAGCAUAACUGAAAAAUUAUUAAGAAUAGAAGAACAGCGAUUGGACCUGGACAAAAAACUUUUAGAUCUACUCAAUCAACAAUCAAUAAAUAACAACCUAUUAAUACAAACUGUCAACCACAGCCAGCAGGCCAUAAGCGAAAGCCAGAAGGCUAUGGCUGAAGCUCUUACAGCGAUUGCAAUUGCAAUUAAUAAAUAA